GGGUCAAUUGUCAUCGUGUUUCUUACUUUCAUUGGAAAAUUCGUGGGUGCGAGUGAAAACGUAAAAUUUGUGUGAAAGUUUUCCACCAACAAAUAAGAAAAACGUUACAUAUAUGCGUAGCAAAAUCAGCAUAUAAAAUUGUUUCAAUAAAUUGUUGCAUUCGUUAGUCGAUUUCCCGCAGAAGGACAUAACCUUGAAACAUUACCUGUCUACCAGCAGUGAUCUAUUCAUUCCUUGUUUUUCGCAAGUAAACAGACACACUACGAAGGCCUGUCACCGCCAAGACGAUCAAUGUGAAGCAACAAGAAAACCACAUAAACGCAAAUAGAAAACUACUUGUGCUCCGGCUACAUAAAAGCCAUAAUAAACCGCGCUGAAUCAUUUUAUUACGACUGAUAAGAAACUGGCGUCAUAUUUAUGCAUACACAUAUUAGUAUCGAAUGUAUGCCAUUCCAGCUAAAAGCAGAAAAAUAGCUUUUGUGUACAACGUACUGCAAGUGUAUUGUGCGCGUUUAUUUACAUACAAGACUUGUUCAUUGAGCUUGUGAUUAUUGUGAUUUGUUUUGUGAAAACUUUAGUCAUUACCAACGUACGUACAUACAUAAUACGAAAACAAAUCAAGUAUAAAGCAACGACGUCAUCUGUGCGGUUACAUAUUGCAUGCCUACAAAGCAUUGUUGCGUUUGCAAUAUAAACAUUAACACACGCCGGUUCUGUAAAAGGCUUGGACUGGUAGAUCAACAAGCUUGUUAACCAAGUUAAUUGCAACGAAAUGCAAGACGAAAAGAUGCUAAGAUCGCAAUUAGCUAAAGGUAAGCAUUUAAAAACAAUGCCUUGGUUCGGCAUGGAUAUCGGCGGUACACUCACAAAGCUAGUCUACUUUGAACCAAAGGAUAUAACACCCGAUGAGCAAGAUCAAGAGGCUGAAAUUUUACGAAAUAUACGUCGCUAUUUGACCAAAAAUUCCGCCUAUGGCAAAACGGGACAUCGUGAUACACAUCUACAGAUGGACAACGUUGAGAUACGCAAACGCCGUGGCUCAUUGCAUUUCAUCCGCUUCCAAACCACUGACAUGAGCAAUUUCCUCCUAUUGGCCAAACAAAAGGGCAUGGCCGAACUGGUGACCACUGUUUGUGCAACGGGUGGUGGUGCAUUCAAAUUUGAGAAUGAAUUCCGACAGCAAGUCAACAUGAAACUCGCCAAAUUCGAUGAACUCGAUACGCUCAUCAAAGGCAUACUCUUCGCCGAGGUACAAAAUCCCACAGAGUGCUAUUUCUAUGAGAAUGCACGUGAUAUUAUGAAGAGUGAGAAACGUGCUUUUGAUUUCUCCAAACCGUAUCCCUUCAUUUUGGUUAAUGUCGGCUCGGGUGUGUCGAUAUUGGCCGUAUAUGGGCCAGACAAUUAUAAGCGUGUCUCCGGCACAAGUUUGGGUGGUGGUACAUUCCUUGGCCUCUGUUGCCUGCUAACCGGCUGCAAUUCAUUCGAGGAGGCAAUACAGCUCGCAACAAAAGGUGACAAUCGUAAGGUGGAUAAACUCGUGCGUGAUAUUUACGGCGGCGAUUAUGAUCGUUUUGGCUUAACGGGCGAUUUAGUGGCGUCGAGUUUUGGACAAAUGCAUAUUAAGGAUAAACGCUCGUCCGUGUCGCGUGAGGAUUUGGCCAAUGCCACAUUGGUAACAAUUACCAAUAAUAUAGGCUCAAUUGCACGCAUGUGUGCGCUGAAUGAGAAAAUGGACAAGGUCGUUUUUGUCGGCAACUUUUUACGUGUAAAUCCGAUUUCAAUGAAGCUACUUGCCUACGCCAUGGAAUUCUGGUCGAACGGCACACUCAAGGCGCUCUUCCUCGAGCACGAAGGCUAUUUCGGCGCAUUAGGUUGUCUGCUGCAGUUCAAUGGUGAAAUUGCGGCCGCUUUAAAUGAGACAGCGGAAACGUCACAACAACAAAAAACCGAAACAACAACAGCUGAUAAUAUUGCAAAUACCAUAAUUCCACAAACGCCACACAGUAACAACACUAACAAUAGUGAUAGUUGAAGUACAGGGACUGUUUCUAAUGUGUACUUUUAUUAGUUCGUAGCUCAAAGAAAUUUAAUAGAAAAAAGAACUAAAUAAUAACUAACUAAUAAUAUAAGAAGUGCUUGAAAAUAAAAAAGAAAUUAAAAUUGAAAAAAUACUAACAAAAAAGACAGACAGACAGACACAGACAAAGCAAGCGAAAUCAUAAUCAAAAUAAAGUUAAAUUAAUAAAAUACAUUUUUUAUGUGUUAGCAGCAAAAGGCAAAAGUAUGUAUGUAGUUUUUACCUAUGUAUGUAAUUUAAUUAAUAAAAGAAAACAAAACAACAACAACAAAUAAAUCAAAUAAAAAAUAAGUUGGUAAAGAGCAAACACAAACGUCCAUAAACUGAAUACUUAAUUUGUAUGUAUGUAUUGUAUAUAGAUUACAAUUGAGGCGCAUAGUCCAAACAUUUGACGCGGUGCGUCUUUUUGAACUGUCAGGAAAAGGAAGAAAAAAAGAAUUAAAUAAAUUUUCAACGAAUUAACAAUAUUUAAGCACUUAUACUGCAGCUAAAAUGCGCAAACAUUUAUUGUUGUUAUUAAAAAAAAAGCACGUGCUUUGUGUAAUACAGGGGCUGGGUUUUCAGAGUAUUUUUAAUUUUAAUUAAAAUAAGUGUUUUUUCGCUUAUUAACUGCACACAACUCUUAAACUUGAAGUAAUUAAUGAUAAAAAACAAAAAAUAUAUAUAAAAUAAUACAAAAUUUAAUUGCACAAAUAUCAUAUAUAAGCUUAUAAAAAAAUUAUUAAGUGACAUUAAAAAGAUUAAAAUUAAUUAUUUUAGUUAAUUUAAUAAAUUAAAAGGAGGAAGAAAAUAUUUGUGUAGUCUUAAAAUGGUUGGUUUAGUAAUUAGCAGACUUUAAACGCAAGAAAAUUCAUGUUGAAGUCACGCUAAUAUUUAAAUGUUUUCAAAAAGAAUAAUAUUUAAAUUUUUCAAUAAAAUUAUUUUAUAUACUAUACAAAAUCAA